CAUUUGCAUUUCACUGUCUUUAUAUUCAAAGUUGCAGCCAAACAUGUGCAGAAGCAAAUAACUUUGCACAUGAACCACUUACCACUCCUUGGCCCGUCCUCAUCCCUUGUCCAUUGCUCCGUCAGCCUUCUCCUCUCGAGGAGUCCUGCAAUGGAGCUCCUUCUUUCGGCAAUAGCUACCGAUGUCCUCAGCAGAGCCUUGUACAUGGUCAUCCAAAAGUACAGACGGUGCAAGGCAGAAGAGACAGAGCAAAAGCUCCAGCGGCUACAGCGCGUGCUGCUCCGGAUCGCCGCCACGGUCGAAGAGGCCGAGGGGCGGCACAUCACCAACCAGGCGAUGCUCCGGCAGCUUGAGAUGCUUAGGCAAGGCAUGUACGGCGGCCACUACAUGCUCGACACCUUCAGGUACAGAGGCCAUGGAGGCGACGAAGAGGUGAGUGGUGGCCGCGCUGUCCCCUUGCCUCGAUUCAGUUCAGCCAAGCGCCUCCUCUCCUUUCCCGUUAGUGGUAACUCAGAGAACAUGCAAACCGCUGUGAUCGACGCCGAGAGCGUGAAAAAGCUUGAGAAGAUGCUCGACGGCCUCGAGAAGAUGAUCGGUGAUGUGGAGGAGUUCGCCAUGUUCUUGGAGGGAUACCCUCGCAUCUGCUGGCAGCCGUACAACGCGUACUUGAUGCUUGACAAGGUCAUGUUCGGUCGGCAGAUGGAGAAGGAGACGAUCAUCAACUUUCUGCUCCAGCCAGAAGGCGCCAGCAACGGAAAUCCUGGGGUGCUUCCGAUCGUCGGCGUGGCGAGGGUCGGGAAGAGCACGCUCGUAGAGCAUGUUUGCCUUGACGAGAGGGUGCGCGGCUACUUCUCCUCUAUUGUUCUCUUCACCGGAGAUGAUGCUGGAAGCCUUGCCGCUCUAAAAGGCAGUGGUGUGAUCAAGCAUCAAACUCGCACUGCUCCCUCGUGUGGAAGGUCACUUGUGGUCAUUGAGCUAGCUUGGGACAUGGAGGAGGAUACAUGGAGAAAGCUGUACUCCUCGGCAGCAAGCAGCAUGGGGCAUGGGAGCAAGAUCAUAAUCACAAGUAGAGCAGAGAAGAUAGUUGCUCUUGGAACAACGCAGGCUCUCAGACUGAAGGUUCUGCCGCAAGAAGCUUACUGGUAUUUUUUCAAGGCGCUCGCAUUCUGGAGCACAAACCCCGACGAUCAACCGAAGCUCGCAUCCCUAGGCAUGGAGAUCGCGGUGCUGCUGAACGGUUCGUUCUUGGGAGCAAACGUAGUGGGAAGCUUGAUGAGAACCAAUUUUAACGCCCAGUUCUGGCGCAGGGUGCUUCAGUGCUUGAGAGAUUUCAGAAGCAAGCACCUGCUCAUGUUUGGUGAGGAUCCUACAGAUCUUCUACGGAGAGACCAGCCAGUAUACAUAUGGAGGAUGGCCAGGACUCGACAUGUUGUUAAAAUCUGCAAAGUUUAUGAGAAGCGCUCUCCCCAGCAUGGUGAUGGUGUCCCCAAGCUAACAGCACAGGACAUUCUAACAGGACGUGUUACACACCAGGGCAAGUUCUGCAUGGUAUCAUGGAGAUCUAGAAUACCUCCCUACUACACCUACUUAGCCAGUUGUGUGUCGCAGACGGCCGAAUGCUCGACGGUCAACAAGAAGCGCCCUCGGAAGCCAAGGGUUUGAUAUGUUCUGUAUUUGUUCGGGUAGUAUCAUACUGUGUACCAAACGAUACUGUUAGCUGUAAUCUUG